AUGAGUCAAGCUUUCAUUCUGACAUUAGUCAAGUUUUUAUUAAUAUUCGAUAAUUUGAAGUAUUACAGAUUUUCACUCGACAAAUCGAUGAACACGAAUACUACCGAUGUCUUGGAAGAAAUUAUUUAUUUAAAGAAAUAUGACGUAGCUCAGUAUCGAUUAAUCGUAAGAAUAGCAAAGGGAUUUGCUUUGAAGCAAGUUCAAAGCAUGAAUAUUGGAUACUAUUUUAUUCAAGUAUUUGUGCUAAAAUUGCUGAUACUGGAAAGCCUUCAGCAAAAAUUGGAAAAUGAUUACGUACGGCUGAACCAUACCAACGAAUUGACGAACACUAUGAUGAGUAUUUUUGAAAAAUGCUUGAAAAACGAAUCUGCACGCAACGUUGUGAUAGCACGCGAUGACACGAUAUUGAUCGAAACGAUCUCGAGAUUGGUUCCAAUACAAUUCUACACCUUCAAUCCAUUCACUGAUUUCGCUCCGAAAUUGUGGAGAGAAACCGUCAGCGAUUAUGGCAAAGGAAAAAACCCAUGGACCUUGUUCAAAACAUCGUCUUUGAAUUUUUCACAUCCCAGAAUUUGCGAGAAUUUGAUUUUUGACAAAACCAGAAUACUAAAGGGUUACGCGAUAAACAUGGGCGCGUACGUGCACUCCUUUCUACUCGAAUACAACCCGAACAAAACGGGCUUGGAUCGAUUCGGUGGUGUAAACGGCGACAUAACUCGAACCGUUUGCAACCAUCUCAACGCCACAGCUAACGUUAAGUUUUACCUAUCGAUGGGAUUCAUCGACGAUCAUGGUAUGUACCAGAGUUUUCUGAAAGAUCUUCAUCAUGGAGACCUCGACUUCGCUAUGAACAUGAACUUGAUGCGUCGGAUGUGGAAGAAACAGACUUAUCCUCACGAGACAUCUGGUUUCUGUAUGGUGUCUUUAAAGGACCCUGUUACCUUCUUGGAAAAGAUUACUCUGGUCUUUCCUGCCCAAACUUGGGUGUGGUUGGUUAUCAUCUUCAUCGUCUUGAUAUUCGCCCUGAAAAUACUUCUCAAGCAGAGCCUCUUCUUGGCUGGAUUCGAGUUUCUACGAAUGUUCCUCAACACGCCCAUCUCCAGGCUCAGUCCACAAGACUCAGGAAGAAGACUCUUCUACCUGGUAAUCGUGGUGAUGACCAUGAUAAUCAACGCGAUUUUCCAGACUCGUCUGAGCUCGAUCAACGUUUCGACUCGAAGCCACCGAUACAUCGAUACCAUGAGUGAUCUGAUCAAGUCGAACUUCUUCAUUUACGGGACUUUGAGCUACAAAGAAUUAUUUUCCGACCAGACUGUGCUUCGACAUCGCUAUCAACUGAGCGAAUAUCCUGAUUGCAUAAACCGACUUAAAAGAAAUGAACAGGUGAUCUGUUUACCAGGAUGUAUCGAGGCGAGAUUCGGUGCUUACGAAGGAAACGAGUUUCACAUUUCGAGCAAAGAGCUGAUGCUGUUCUCCAUGGUCUUCUCCACCAGGGAAGACUGGCCACUGCUGAGUAGAUUCAAUGAGAUCCUCAGGAAGAUGAGCGAAGCUGGAUUGAUCAGCUUGUUCCGGAGGAUAGAGGCGCGGCACUUCAAGCAUAAUCCGGACGAUCGCCAAAGAGUUCCAAAAAUUUCCGUUGAAAGUUUGGCGUUUGGUUUUGUCCUUUUGUUGUCGGGGCUGUCACUGGGUAUUGUAUGUUUGAUCAUUGAAAUUGUCACUAUUUUUGCUAAGAAAUACAGUUUGAAAAAAUCGCUUUUUAACAAAGUUUUUAUGAAGUGAAUUGAUGAUUU